CUUCCAACGUUUUUGUUGCACCUCUGUUAUUCUACCCACGAUGAGAUCCCCGAUCUCGCCAUUAUAGCGCGCUUUCAGUGGCCUGAUGGAUAUAAGUUUGUUUACCUUCUCCAGAACUCCAGCGACCGAAGCGCGCAACGUCUUCUCCUCAUCAACAAAAGAGAUUAAACAAGAAAGAUGGAGGACUUUGUACCAACGCGUGGAUCCCAAAUUAAGAAAAAUGCAACAAGCAAUUAUAUUUCUGUAAAUUACGAAGCUCCAAAGAGAAAGCUAAAACCUAAAGAUAAGGAAGAGAAGAAUUCUGAAAUAAAGCAAACGCCUGCUGAACUGAAGGAGCAACAAGAAAAGGAGAUGAAAAGGCUGCGAUAUGACAUUAUUAAAUUUGGUAUGUCUGGAUUCGAGAAACCAAAGGCAAAAAGAGCAAAGGUCGAACUUGCCAUCAGUUUAGGCGCGAAACCUCCUAAGAAUAAAAGAACAAAUUAUAAAACAUUAAAGAAGAGUCGAAUGAUAGAGAAAGAACGGAACAAAAAAGAAAAAUAUACAUCUGGACUUGCAAGCAGUUUACUCAAACCUAAAUCUAAAAAAGUGCAAAAGAAAGAUAGUGGUAUUUUAAGCAUUUAUGGAAAGGUACCAAAAGAUACCUUGUCCAAACGGAAGAACUGAAUUUAUUGGUGUAUACAGUUCACGCAAUGCCAUAAUGGAAUGAUUCGGCAUCCUAGAGAACUGUACAUUGAUUUGGAGAAUUGUACCUCUCGAAAUCAGUCGAAGGCAACCGCCGUCGGAGCCACUUCUAGUAACAUCUGCAGAAAAGCGUUGACACCUUCUGCAAUCA